CAUCCAUCGGACUUGCAUGGUUCAAGGGGGUCUGAGUACAUCGUUCCCCAUUAUUCAGCCUCAUUCCAGCCUGUAUACUUCCGUACAUAUUAUCUACCUGCAUGGUAUCCUCCGGGUGAAGUAAUUGCCCGCCAUGAUCGCCCUUAAAUUCUCGCGGGUCUCUCCCCUCUCCGCCUUUAUCCCUCGAAGAGCUUCCUCACUAUAUUAUAAUAUCCGAAUGGCCUCCACUUUGCCGCGCCUGCCCAUUUUGGAGGCAAUUGCAAAUCAUGACCCGAAAAGCACCGCCGUGAUACAUUCGUUAUCGGGGCGCACAUUUACCUACGGCAGCUUGUUGAAUGAUAUUGCGGAAGCCAAAGAUCGGUUGCUCCAAGCAUCAAACCGCAAUUCGAUCGAGGGAGAAAGAGUAGCAUUUCUUGUCGAGAACGGAUAUGAUUAUAUAGUAACUCUAUUAUCUAUAAUGGCCAGCCGCUCCAUUGCGGUCCCAAUGUCGGCUGGCUUCCCUGCUAGCGAACUGCAAUAUAUAAUUGAUAACAGUGACGCAAUGAUGCUUCUGUCGUCUGGUAAAUUCCAAGGCAAGGCUGAAGAGGUAAUGAAAGGUGAAAUGAAUAGGGAGCCUAUUUUCCAUCUCGUGGAAAAGAAGCUAGGAGCCAGCGUUGAGGAUAAAAACCUAAAAUUUGAAUCCGCGGAUGCCGAGGCAGGCACGGGCGGAAUGAUGCUUUACACAUCAGGAACUACGAAUCGACCGAAAGGAGUUCUUUUAACACAGUCAACUCUCUCGGCGCAAACAUCUUCCUUACUCGAAGCGUGGAGGUAUAGUCCUAACGAUCAUCUGCUGCACGUUCUGCCGCUGCAUCACAUUCAUGGAACGGUCAAUGCGAUAUUGACGCCCUUGCUCGCUGGCUCUACUAUUGAAUUCAUGUUCCCAUUUAAUGCCAGGGCUGUAUGGGAGCGCUUAGCAGCUCCCUUCUUGCCACUGGAACAGCGCACAACUAGAUCAUCUGAAAAGAUAACUUUCCUCACUGCUGUGCCGACAAUUUAUAACCGACUUCUUUCGUCGCACAAGGAUUUGCCUCCUGAAAUUGAAAAGGCAGGGCGAGAAGCCGUCUCGCCGCAGAAUAUGCGGCUGAAUAUUUCCGGAUCAGCUGCGCUACCGACGCCGACCAAGGCUGCGUGGUCAGACUUGAGCGGAGGGAAUGUGCUGCUCGAACGUUACGGAAUGACGGAGGUUGGCAUGGCCCUGAGCUGUGGGCUUGAUUUCGGCGAUCGCGUGGACGGAAGUGUUGGCUGGCCAUUGCCACAGGUCCAAGUCAAACUGGUCGACACAGAAACGAAGGAGGUGAUCAAGGAGUCUGAGGAAAUCGAUGAAUCUGGAAAAGAACGGGAGGGAGAGAUACAAUUAAGAGGGCCAACAAUAUUUACAGAAUAUUGGAAUAACCCAAAGGCCACAUCGGAAGAGUUUGUUGAAGGCGACGACGGCAAAGGCAAGUGGUUUAAGACGGGAGAUGUUGCAAUCAGACGGAUAGUAAACGGGGCAGGAAAGUCGGAUCAGCCGUGGGCAAAAGGACCGAUGUAUUUCAUUCAAGGAAGGAAAAGCGUGGAUAUCAUAAAGACAGGUGGCGAGAAAGUCAGUGCCCUGGAGGUGGAGCGUGAGUUAUUAUCGCUGCCUCAAAUUGCUGAAGCCGCCGUUGUCGGACUUCCAUCCGAUGUUUGGGGUCAGAAGGUUGCUGCUGUAGUUGUACUCAACCCUGAAGCAGCUGACAGUGGACGAGGAGGUAAAAAGUGGGGCCCAAUGGAUAUGCGGAGAGCCUUGAAAGACAAACUUGCAAAUUACAAAAUUCCUCAAGAGCUCAAAGUCAUCGAAGGAGGUUUGCCUCGGAAUGCCAUGGGUAAAAUCAACAAAAAGGGUUUGAUAAAAGAGAUUUUCCCAGAACAAAUUCCAAAUUAGAUUUGUUUUGCGAUGCCCUCUAUAGACUACUUUUGAUCAGCAUUAUAUGGAAUCAUUAAUUGCCAGCAUGUGGCUUUUGACAAUGGUGAUUAAAUGGUGAACGGUAUUGUCUAAACCCAACCCGUUGCGAAUGUACUACAAGAACUGCGUAUGAGAGGCCU